UGAAGAAAGGCUUUCGGCAAACAGCUUUUUACACCUCACAACAAUACAACAAGCUCUGUUCACGAAUGCAAUAUUUGUUAAUUGGCAAAGAAACUAGAACUGACACGUCAGAAAAAACAGCGACUUCUCCUUAAUCAGAAUAAUGAUAUUAAAAAUGUACCUAACGUGCAUUUGGAAGCAUAUAAACCAAAAAUACACAAGUUUACUCUGUUGAUGACAGCGUUAAUUCUCAAGCGGUUUAUUUAAAACCCUCUCUUUUUCAAUGCAAAUGCACUAAAUUGUUCUUAACCGCUAAUCUUCUAAUUGCACAGAAUUGAAAAGAAUGCCUGCUAUCCGCCGAGUCUCUCUUAAAGGUGGAUAGAAAAUUCUAAGACAUAUUUUCAUUAAAUUGUAAGCAAAAUCGGAUCCAAUACAAACAUCAUGAAACAUGUGUAUACAGACUGGAAACAAAAAUGUCUGUUUUUUUCUGUAAUUAAAAAAAAGUAGUGUUCCGCUCUCGCUACAGCCAGCAAUACAUUAAUGAACAAAAGAUCGUAUUAUCGUUUUUGAAGCAAUAUUGCACUCGAGAGCUGAUAACAACACAACGUUGUACGCUUUAUUGCGUGUGAUUAACGCUGAAACCUUUAAAUCCAUCAGACUUAUGGCACUCGAAUAAAAAAGCCUCCAGGGCUGUGACCAGCUGAGGACAAUUAGGUGUUGAUAGAUGUGGAAUGUAAAUUGAUCUUCAGUUUGAGUCUCUAUUGUGAUGUAAAAGUCUUAAUCCACAGCAACAUUUUGUAGUUUUCUACCUUCGCCUCUCUCUCAGUAACGAAUCGCUGAGAACCGUAGGAAAUUCAUACUUUUAAAAUCUGUAUACUUCGGCGAAAUAUAGUGAAGGAGAGACCAAUUGCUGAGGAAUAAUCGUUGAUUACCUAAUGAUGUCUCUUGGCCACAAACAGCGCGGCAGUAGUUCAACACAAUUUUUAGUUGCUGACGGAGACAACGAAAGUCAGGGCCGAAAUGCGAAGGAAAAUUUGCCAGCUUUGGGAUUAAAUGCACCAGUUUUUACUAGUGACAAUAAUUCACAAGCUGCAGGUGACUCGAGUGCGGGGCUACCUCAAGUGAAACCCUUGGAAAAUGGCAACUAUCUUCAACGAAGUUUCAGUCUUGAAAGUUCUCGAGUUACACCUCACUCGGCCAGAGUGUCGUGUUCAUCUUCCGCAACAGCUGGUUUGUACACACCAUUUCCUGGAUUUCAAAUUCCUAAUGAAACAAUUAUCCCAAAGGAAGACCCAGCGACAGUAGUGAAACGAAAACAGACAAUCUCCGCGAAGGAUGCCAUUCCAGUAUUACCGCGUCCAGUCGCCAUUGUUUGUCUUAUUUUGAACAUUGUCAUCCCCGGAUCAGGGACGGUCUUAUCUGGUCUGAUCGCUUUCUUCCUGACUCGGAGAGACAUGCCACUGAUGAGCCGUACUUCCAUUCUGUUCGUCAAUUGUUUUGUGGGUAUCAUGCAGCUGGCAACAAUUGUCUUCCUCAUGAUUGGCUGGUUCUGGAGUAUAGCCUGGGGCUGUGCAUUUGUAGGAUUUUCUGAGCGUUACAGUAAAGAUCUUGAAAAGGUGGAAGGAACGGAAGUUGUCACUGCGUAGCUCAGCCCAACCUCACAGUUCACCUUGCCCGUUUGGAGCUGGGCUAACUGUGUCAAACAGACAGAUGUUGAGACUGUUCGCUGCCGGUGAACAAAUCUUCGUUAGGUUUCGAGUUGAACAUGUCUCGUGGCUACUACAGCGAUCUACGGUAGCGAACUUUCGUUAGAGCGGCUAGGAACUCAAUGGACUUGUGUGCCUUCUCUGUGACUUUGCCGAAGGGGAGGAACCUUGCUUAACAUCUGUCGAAAGUCUUUGCUUUGUUUGAUACAGAAGAAGACUGGAUCAAGUUAAUUAAUUUUUAAUUCACGUGGCAAGCGAGAAAACUACAUUUUUACUGAGGCUGAUAUAACGUAAUAAGUGCAUCCAACUUGAAAUUCCACUAUAAAAAUAACUAUUUGUUUGCAGGCACGCAUAGGGGUAAUGAGAAAAUCAAAGUGCUUGAGUUUAAAAGAUCGAGUGUUCGCGAUGAAGUGUCAUACCAUAGCAAGCGAGUAAGUUUGCUUCCGUGUUUGUGUUCCAGGCCUAACAAUUCUACUACGGAACGUAUUGUUUUUUUAUUUCACCAAAUACAUAUCAUAAUAAAGUGGUGGAAUUUUGGCUU